GAGACUUAUACAGUUGUAUUAUGUUUUACGAGUAUCGAAAACAGUUGCCAUAUUUGAAAAAUCUUAAAUUUGAAAGCCAACCUGUUGGGGGGGCGUGUGUGAGAGAGAGUGUGUGUGAAUGAUUAGAGAAAGAGGGGAGGGGGAGGAUCACACACAUAUAAUAGAAGCUACAUACAUAUAUGCCUUUUUCUUUUUGUUCUUCUCCAAAAUAUCUAACAGAGUUUUUUUUUUUUAUUCAAAUGAGCAAUGGACUCCAAUUUGUCGCGUCAAUACAGCCCACCAGCAUCCGUCUCCCCCACUAUUACCGGCCAUUAUUAUCAACAGGCGCAAGCAGCAUCCAGAAAUUCAAAUAAUUCAAACAAUUUGCCAUCUUUACCAACAGCAAGCGAUCUGUCAAGCAUCAAAGCCGAUCUGGAAAGAGUCUUGUCACAUUCGGAUAAACGUCAAAAGCAUUUGGAAAAGGAUCUCAAUCACUUGCAAAAGAAUGUCAACAUUCGUGAUUCAGGCGACGGCAGAGCUGGAACCUCUGGAAAAAGCGUCAAUAUGAUGAUGCGGAUCAAACGAGAGUCAGAUGAUCUAUCUUCAAACUCAUCACAACCGAAGCCGCUGGAUAGACAAACUGCACUCGAAACAUUGAGACGACGGCGACGACGCGAUGAAGUUGAUGACUCGGAGGAAGAUCAACCCACGUCGACACGAAGUGAAUCACCACUUGUCAAGAUGAAAAAGCUAGAUACUGGACCAACAUCACACAGUGUGUCCCCACCUCCAGUAUCCAAAAGUCCAUCUUUUGGCAAACAUCAUAAACCAUCCGAGGGCCAAACGAAAAAGAAAAAGUCCAAUAAAGCUGCUUCUCAAGGAAAACACCCCAAACCCAAAUCUGCACAUACAAAGACCACCAAUGAUGUCGACUUUGUACGCGUGAAGCCAAAAGAUCAAGUGUCUGUCUUGACGUUUUGGAGUGCCAUGGAACCGUAUUUCCGUCCAUUGACAGAAGAUGAUCGCAAAUUUCUAUUAGAGAAGGGUGAUGAUGUAAAGCCUUACUUGUUACCGCCGUUGGGUCGCCACUACAUCGAAACAUGGGCAGAAGAAGAAAACGCACCGGUACCACAACGCGGUCGAUCAAAUUCACCUGCUGCGACACGACGUGAAGGGUCGAGUGGUCCACACAAUAAGGAUCACGGCGAGUCGUCAUCAUCAUCCUCAUCUACGGCUGCUACUGCUAUGAAUGGCACUGGACCAACAGCAGCAGCAGCAGGUGCUGGUGGUGAAGCGGGAGCAACAGGAAUAGAUGCAAAGGAACCAGACCCUAUUCCUGAACGUGCACGCUACUUGAAACCGGGUGAACCAUUGACGGACGACUAUUUAUUGACCGAGGAUUUGAGCUGUGGCAGUCUAGCAGAGCGUCUACUGAGCAGUUUGGUGAUUGAAGAUAUGGUUGACAUUACGGAACUCAAGGAUCUGAUCACAUUGGAGGAUGCUGCAACGACCGAUGGUGGUGAUAGUGACGAUGUAGACGAUAUGGACGUUGAUUCUGUGUCUUCAAGUGAAGGUGGACGAACCGUUGUCGAGUUAUCCAAUGAUCCGUCUGAAGAUAUUGUCGACUUUGAAGAACGACUCAAGCGUGAAUUGCGAUAUGCUGGUCUCUUUAGUGAUGCGGAUAUUGCAUGGAAUGCACGAGAGGAUGAUGAUAUCUGUGCAGAACUGCGUCGACUCGGUCGCGAACUCAAGGAUCAAGUGAGUGUCAAUGAUUUCCGUAAGAAGCGGUUGUUGGAAGUCGUAGAUAGACAGCUCCAAUACGAGCAAUAUCGCAAUGUACUGGAUACAUACGAUGCCCAAGUUGAACAAUGCUACAUGAAGCGAUUCAGAAUCCAAAAGUCGAAAAAGCGGAAAGCAACAGCACCCAAGGCCAUGUUGUCCGAAAAUGCGGUCAAUGCUAUGGACAAGCGGCGUACCUGGAUAAACGGUCUAGGACCCAUAUUUAAGGACAAGAAUAUUGUCAUGCCAUCCAAAUCGAUAUACAGAGAUGACUUUGACGACGAUGAAAACCCUGAGAUGGAUGACAACAGUGAUUACCACGUUACCACAAGCAGCAGCAACAAUAAUAACACCCCCGCAACGAAUACAACAUGAUACACAUUAUCGCCAAACGCCCUCUUCCGCUCUCCCUCCAUCCCUCUCUCACAUCCGAAAAUCAUUCAUUUGUACAUAGUAUCUCUCUCUCUUUCUCUCUUUGCCUUUUUAUCCGUACUCAACUUAUUUUUCUUUUCGUAAAUACAUAUUAUAUAUCAUUUCGCAGUUAAAAAAAUUACUCCAUGC